AUGGUUUGGCUGCUGCUGGCUCUUCACGGCGCAGUCCAGGUCUCUGACUGCGUGCCUGAAAAACCAAAGCGUUCGGCCCUGAACCAGCUGACUCGAUCCCUGCUCAGAAACUACAACAAUGGCGUCCGGCCGGUUUACAACUGGACUACAACGACCACGGUUUCCAUCGACCUGAUUCUGCAGUCAGUCCUGGAUGUGGAUGGAAAAACCCAAACGAUGACGACCAGUAUCUGGUACCGACAGACGUGGACGGAUGAGUUCCUGGUGUGGGAUCCUCACGACUUUGACGGCAUUACAGAAAUCUCGCUCUCAUCCGACGCCAUUUGGGUUCCCGAUGUCAUCGUUACAGAAUUAUGUUGUGUUGUCCGCAGUGUGGACGACGGGAAGUCUCCUCACAUCCCCUACGUCUACGUGGAUUCUUCAGGUCUGGUGAAGAACUACCGUCCCAUGCAGGUGGUCCUGGCCUGCGCCCUGGACAUGUACGCCUUCCCCUUCGACAAACAGAACUGCAGCCUGACCUUCCGCAGCUGGCUCCACUCAGUGACGGAGAUAAACCUGUGGUGGAUGAGAGACGCUGAGGCCAUUGCUCGGGACAAGAGCCAGUUCAUGAACGACGGGGAGUGGGAGCUUCUGUCCAUCCCGUCCCACUACAGGCAGCUCCACUACGGGGACAAGGAGUACGCACACAUCCACUUCCACACCGCUGACGCUGGAACGCCGACGCUGGAACGCCGACGCUGGAACGCCGACGCUGGACCGCCGACGCUGGAACGCCGACGCUGGAACGCCGACGCUGGAACGCCGACGCUGGAACGCCGACGCUGGAACGCCGACGCUCGACCGCCGACGCUGGACCGCCGACGCUGGAACGCCGACGCUCGACCGCCGACGCUGGACCGCCGACGCUGGAACGCCGACGCUCGACCGCCGACGCUGGACCGCCGACGCUGGAACGCCGACGCUGGAACGCCGACGCUGGAACGCCGACGCUGGAACGCCGACGCUCGACCGCCGACGCUGGACCGCCGACGCUGGAACGCCGACGCUGGACCGCCGACGCUGGAACGCCGACGCUGGAACGCCGACGCUGGAACGCCGACGCUGGAACGCCGACGCUGGAACGCCGACGCUGGAACGCCGACGCUGGAACGCCGACGCUGGAACGCCGACGCUGGAACGCCGACGCUGGAACGCCGACGCUGGACCGCCGACGCUGGAACGCCGACGCUGGAACGCCGACGCUGGAACGCCGACGCUGGAACGCCGACGCUGGAACGCCGACGCUGGAACGCCGACGCUGGAACGCCGACGCUGGACCGCCGACGCUGGAACGCCGACGCUGGAACGCCGACGCUGGAACGCCGACGCUGGAACGCCGACGCUGGAACGCCGACGCUGGAACGCCGACGCUGGACCGCCGACGCUGGAACGCCGACGCUGGAACGCCGACGCUGGAACGCCGACGCUGGAACGCCGACGCUCGACCGCCGACGCUGGACCGCCGACGCUGGAACGCCGACGCUGGAACGCCGACGCUGGAACGCCGACGCUGGAACGCCGACGCUGGAACGCCGACGCUGGAACGCCGACGCUGGAACGCCGACGCUGGAACGCCGACGCUGGAACGCCGACGCUGGAACGCCGACGCUGGAACGCCGACGCUGGAACGCCGACGCUGGAACGCCGACGCUGGAACGCCGACGCUGGAACCGCCGACGCUGGACCGCCGACGCUGGAACGCCGACGCUGGAACGCCGACGCUGGAACGCCGACGCUGGAACGCCGACGCUGGAACGCCGACGCUGGAACGCCGACGCUGGAACGCCGACGCUGGAACGCCGACGCUGGAACGCCGACGCUGGAACGCCGACCUGGACGCCGACGCUGGAACGCCGACGCUGGAACGCCGACGCUGGAACGCCGACGCUGGAACGCCGACGCUGGAACGCCGACGCUGGAACGCCGACGCUGGAACGCCGACGCUGGACCGCCGACGCUGGAACGCCGACGCUGGAACGCCGACGCUGGAACGCCGACGCUGGAACGCCGACGCUGGAACGCUGA